ACAAUCAAAUAUUAUCUCUAACAUUAAAAGCAAUGAUACAGAUUCACACAUCAUACAGAAUUAUGUUAAAACGUGUGUGUUAUGUGUAUAUGUGUAACCAUCUAUAUUUUGCAUACACACACAUACACCCAUUGGGACAUCCAUUGGAACCUUCUAGUAAUCAAUAUAAUUCGAUUCUCUUAUAACUUCAAAAAUAUAUCAUCCCAUUUGUCAAUAAUUUAUUUAUCUAAAAUGUUAACCUCUAAAUAUAUAUAGUAUCCUAGUAAAUGUUCUGUAUUUAAUAAUUUUUAUAUUUAUUAGUUUAAUUAUGGAUCAAAACCAAUUUAUAUGGGAUGAAAUUUCUGAAGGUAUAGUACUACCAAGAAUACAAAAAAUAGAUGAUGAGCAAAUUAAAGGACGAACAAUACAAUCUGAAGUUAUAAAUUCAUCAGAAAUUUAUUGUCCCCAUAAUUAUUUAAUUUUAAAUUUUCAUGAAACAUUGAAUCCAAGUCAGAAAAUAAAAUUUAGAAAGUAUUAUUUACGAAAAGUAGCUCCUAAUGAACCAGAUGUAAUCAUCUUACAAGAUAUAAAAGAUCUUGUCAUGUUUUUACUGAUUAGUCCUGUCAACAUUAAAUUUAUAAAUUUCUUUCAUUUGCCUGUUGUUGAUCAUUUUUUAAGAGCACUUAUAAUAUAUUUUCAAUAUUAUAUAGAAAUAUGGGAAAAAUUAAUGGAGGAACGUGUAACUACUCUAAAAAAGGCACCAAAUCCAUUAGCAGGUGGACAUAGAAUUAAAUAUGCUGAUGAAUUGCAUAUUUUACGAUGUAUGUUAAGUAAAGAAUAUGCAGAUUUAAUAGUAGGUUGCCAGGAUACAGUAUACUAUCACCAUAUAAUAAGUGGGAAAAAAAGAUCAAGUAUGACACAGUCACAAGGAGAAAAAGAUCUAAGAAUAUUUGAAGUGCUAAUUAAUAUAUCUCAUCGUGUUGUAUGGAUAGCUUUACAUCGCAAAUAUUUUCACUUAAUUGAGUCAGAAUUACAUAGACUACUCAGAACUGAAGUCUACAACACUGCAGAAAGAAGAAGUGGUUAUACCAUUAAAGAUAUGUUAGAAAGUGAUAUUUUUGUACUACAUGGUCCACAGAUACAAUCUAAAAGAAAAUUGCUUAGAAAUUCUCCUUUAAUAGAGGAAUUAAUUUAUUCAGAGUGUAACUUCCAAGUUUUAUCAUUAGAAAUGAUAGAUAUUGAUGUAUGUGACCCACGAAUUGCUUACUUACACAAUGCAUUACUUAUUGAAGAAGAGAUGUUGCCUAAACUUGGAAUUAAAAUAGGCAUACUUGGACAAGAAAGAUCCAAUUAUGAUUUAAUGUUAAUGUUGCUUGAUUCAGAAAAUUCUAAUCAUGUUGAAAAAAUUAAUCAAGCUGAAAAAAGUUAUGAAAAAAAGAGCAGUAUAUCUGAUAAACUGGCACAAAACAGUCUGGACUAUAAUCAAAAUAUUAUGAGAAUGCCUUCUUUCGAACUUGAACCUUCAUUAACAGAUGUAUUCAAAGUAAAAAAAAUUGAUAAAUCGACUAGAAAAUAUUCUAAAGUUCGUGAAGAUGCUAGGAAAAAAUGGAUUAUUAGACAAAUAGAGAGUCAUAAUAAACAGUUGGAUACAUAUUCUAUUAUAACCAUGACUUAAAAAUCAAGUCGAAUGAAAUCCAACUUAAAUCAUCUGGUAAACAGAUACUUUAACAAAUAGGUAAACUUAUUUGCUGGUAUUACAAUAAAAAUGUAUCAUACAAUAGUAUAAUCCAAUUACUUAUUAUUUUAGCUCUACUUUAUUAUCAACAUAACAGUUGUAAUUAAAUCAAAAUGUAUGUUUUAUAGAAGAUUUAAAAUUCAUAAGAAUUUUUACAUAAGAACUAUUGUAACAAUCACAUUUUUAUCAAAAUUGAAUUGAAAAUAAUAUACUGAAAGAUUCCAUUGAUUUCAGAAUAUAAAUAGAAAUUAAUCAGCAAUUACUUUGAAAUUUGUGUUUGUGAUAAAUAAAAAUAUUACACUAAUUAAAUGUAAAAAAGAUUAUUUGUAAUACAAGCGAAAGAAAAUAUAUAAUUAAAUAGAAUACUGAUAAAUGUUAUCUGGCUAACAUGUAAAUCCAAUGAAUUUACAUAUACCAUAUAUUUAAUCUUUAAAAAAUGCUUAAUAUAUCACACUAAUAGAGGAUAAGUGAAUGGGUCAGAUAAACUGAGUAUUUUAAGACAAUGUAAAAAAUAUGCUUAUUAUAAUUGAUAAUGUCUAGUCAAGAGUAAUAAUGUUGAUAUUUUACAAUGAGUCACAUAUAGAUACACUCGAAGCAAUGCAUUUCUUUUGAUUAACUUUUGCAUUGUCCUUUUCCAUAAAUAAUUACUAUUUACCUAUUCACUAACAUUCUACAAAUAACAGUAUUUGACAUUAAUUUAUUUUCAAUAUGAGUAUCCAAUUGCAAAUAUUUUUAUAGUUUCAUUUAUACGAGAUUGUUACUAAUAUUUUUUUGCAAGUGGUUUCAAUCAUUCAUAUUUAAUUAAUGUACUUCAAAAAUGUGGAAUUUUGUGAAUUAUCAUUUUUAGAUAAAUGACACGCACGUUUAAAAGACAAAACUAAGUACCCUUUAUUAUUUGUAUAUAUUUGGCACUAAGAUUUUGAUAAUAAAAACUAGAUUUUUUUUCAAGCGAAUUUAUAUAUCUGUUCUCUUGUACUUAUAUUCAGUGCAGAUUGUUUAGUGAUAACUAAUAACUGCAAUGCACAAUAACUUCAUAUGUUUAAUUCUUAGAUCACACUCAAUUAUCGAUAUGCAUUAAAACUAUGAUAAUUUGUAAUCUAUCUUCACGAUGUAUCUACAAUCAAGACUGUACUUUGCAUAUUUCUAUAGAGUUAUGAUAUUUUAGCAAUAAAAUGGCAGUACAUAACUCUUAUAUUUUGUAAUAGCAAUCUAGUCUUACUGUCAGAAUCUGUGCCUCAAUCGGAAAUUGAUAUAUACAUUGUACCAAAAAAAUUAAGGCGAAAGAAUUUCUUUCUUACUGGAAUAAAGAAAUAAUUAUAACGCGUGUCAUUUCCACAUUGGUUGCAAAUUAUUUUGCGCUUAUAUUAAUGAACGGUAUUAAAAAUGAAACUCUUUCAGAUCAUCUUCGGUUUUUUACUCAUUUCUUACAGCUACUUAUCACUGAAUAUUUGUCUACAUGAAUAUAUUACAAAAUGGAUAAAAUAACGGUAUUGAUCAUUAUGUGUAUGUAUUAUUAAUAUUCACGAUUACUUCAAUGAGUUAUUACAACAAAGAACUAAUGGAAAAAAAAAAGAAAAAAAAAUAGUAA